AGGACACCACGUCGGUAUGGAGAACGUGUCCGAGGACAUCGCCUACUUGGACACUGACAUCGAAUUGGUAACUUCCACAAUCCUUUCCAGCUGGGACUGGAGGGGCCCGGACAAGUCUUUCGGUACCGAUGCAGACUCGCCCCUAUGCGCGUCUUCCGAUACCUCUUUCGACUCCAUGUGUUCCUCCCCGGAGGCGCCAGCAAGCUCCAGCGACCGGAGGAACCUAGAUUUCCCGUAUCCCCAGAGGAACAGCGGCGGCUGCCAGGAGAAGCCCUCUAAGCCGAAGAUGUCCAUUAAGCGCCGCAUGAAGGCGAGCGAGCGGGAGAAGAUGCGGAUGCGAAGCCUGGCUGACGCGCUGCAUCAGCUCCGCGACUACUUACCCGCUGGCUACAGUCAGAGGGGGCAACCCCUCACCAAAAUCCAGACUCUGAAAUACACGAUUCAGUACAUCAAUGAACUUUCCGACCUCCUGAAAGCUUCGUAAAUAUUCGUAAAAAAUUUCUGAAAGACUUUCUCCGACGCUGGAGUGGAUUUGGUUUGCAAUGCUUCUAUUUGUUAAAAUAUCAUUUUAAUUUCAAUUUAAUGUUUAACAACGAGUGUCGAAAAUACUUUUCAUUGAUUUUGUCAUGUAUUGUAUAUAGUAUUAUGCUGUUGGCACUUGCAUGUCGAUGGAAGUUUUUUUCAAGCGUGAUUAGCCUAUAGUUUUCUUAUUACUACUAGCCUCAAUAAAAAUACCAUGGUGUGCUAAUGGUCACUGUAUAGUUUUAUUUAAUGUGCUGACCUGUGUUUUAAGAAGAGGGUUUAUUUGACAAGUAUAGCUGUAUGUUUGCCCCCUCCCUGCCUUAUUUAGGCUCAUUCAUAAUAAAUGUGCAUACUAUAAGACUUGUUCUCCACUUGUAAGUAAGGUUAACGGUAUUGAGUCUAUAAUGGGAUUGUUUUGACAGGCCGCAUAACAAAAACAUGACAUAAUACUGAGAAAUACAGUGUAACAAGUGACGUGGCUGCAUGCUUCAUAAAGCUUAAAAUGACAAAAUGUCACUUAUUACCUCCCUGACAAAUUGUAUAUAUUCAAAGCCCCCUGUAAAGUGUGGGGCUCCUUGAAUCUUCCAGAGUAUCCAUGCCCUCUAACCCCCCUGUGGGGGCCCCUUGAAUCUGCCAGAGUAUCCGUGGCCCUCUAACCCCCCUGUGGGGGACCCUUGAAUCUGCCAGAGUAUCCAUGCCCUCUAACCCCCCUGUGGGGGCCCCUUGAAUCUGCCAGAGUAUCCAUGCCAUCUAACCCCCCUGUGGGGGCCCCUUGAAUCUGCCAGAGUAUCCGUAGCCCUCUAACCCCCCUGUGGGGGCCCCUUGAAUCUGCCAGAGUAUCCAUGCCCUCUAACCCCCCUGUGGGGGACCCUUGAAUCUGCCAGAGUAUCCAUGCCCCUCUAAGCCCCCUGUGGGGGGCCCUUGAAAUUGCCAGAGUAUCCAUGCCCCUCUAAGCCCCCUGUGGCGGCCCCUUGAAUCUGCUAGA